GGGAGAACACAGCUGACGCAGAGUCUAGAGGUGAGCUGAGACACGGUCACUGGUAGGACUUAUCCACCCACAACAUCCUUCAGAAUGGAUUCUGGAUUCCAGAGGAGAGAGGUGCUGGCUCAUCCUCUAAGGUCGAGAGAGGCUGAGAAGCCUGAGCGUCUGACCAUCUUUGACUUCAGGGAGGUGGGUCUCAGGCUCAGGAAGAAGCUGGACAGCCCUCAGGAGACAAAGCUGCCCAAGACUGUCCGGCCCCUAGGCACGAAUGAGAACUCCAGUUACAAGUUCUCGUCACCUGACUGGAACAAGACCUUGCUUGAGCCUGUCCCAUCCGAGCUGGUGUUUCAGAACUAUGUCCUUGGCAAGGUCUGUGAAAUGCCUCUGCUUCUGAGGAAUAGAGACAAAGUUACUCAGCUGGUGAAGGUCACCAUGGACAGCUCACCUUAUUUCAAGUUGGUCGGCCCCAAUGGUGUGUGCCAUCAGAUCCCAUCGGGCUCAUUUUGUACUAUAAACAUCCUUUUCAUCCCUGAGGGGAGCAAGGAUCAUUUCCACCGGCUUGUCUGCAUCAGCGAAAGGGAAAAGGUCUCUGUGCCAAUUCGAGCCAUUGGUGCCCGCCCAGUCUUGGACUUCCCUGACCAGCUGGACUUCUCGUCGUGUCCAGUCAACCACAGCACCCAGAAGACUCUGCUGGUUCGCAACACCGGGAACCUGGAAGCCUGUUACAGCCUCAGCACUGAGAGCCCUUUCACUGUCGGUCCAGCCAUGGGAACCCUCGACGUUGGUGAAGCCAUGCAAGUGACAGUGGAAUAUCACCCAAUGGAGACCGGGCACCAUUCCACAUCCCUGGCAGUGCACUGUGACAGAGGUGAAGAUACCCACACCAGACUUCUUGGAAAAGCUAAGGACUUCAACAUCGGGCUGGACAAGUACUCUUUGGAACUUGACAAGACUUAUCUCACGCUGUCAAGCCACAGAACCACGGUCAUCCACAACAGAAGUAACAUCACAGCCCGAUUCCAGUGGAAGGCUUUUGCUACUGAGGUAGAGGAGUAUCCACAGAAGAUCAGGCUGUGUCACAAUCUGUCUUGGCCGCCCCAGGAGCUGGCGAAGGCUCUUGUGAUGAAGCGCUAUGAGGAGCUGGACCUUUACGACCGCGAGUUGGAGAAGGAGACAGCAAAGAUUCAAGCAGACCCCAUGCUGUUCUCAGAUGACGUUUUCACCAUUGAGCCCUUGGAGGGAGAGGUUGGGCCACAUUGUUCAGCUGAAAUCAAGGUGUUCUUUAAACCCCGAGAAGCCCAAGUCUAUAGAAAAGUGGCCUACUGUUCCAUCUCAGGUUUUGCCAGGCUAACAAUGGGGGAAAGAAUUCCAAAGCAGAUGGAUAAGUCCAUGGCAAUGUUGGUUAACAAAGGAGCUAUCAAGGCUCCCUUCGAGCUCAUCCCUCCAACCCCAGCCCGUGGCUCCUGCUUCACCUUUCUGCCCCAGCAGGGCAUCAUUCCACCCAAUGGGCUCCAGCCCAUCCAGAUCUCCUUCAGUUCCAGUACCCUGGGGGAGUUCGAGGAAGAAUUCCAUUUCAAUGUGCUGGAAUCCCCUAAGCCUGUGACCUUGACUAUCAGGGGCCACGUCACCGGACUGAGCCUGCAUUUCAGCACAGGUGGCCUUGACUUCAAUGACGUCUCCUUUGGCUUUCCUCAGACCUUGUCAUGCCGCCUGAUCAACACCUCCGUGGUGCCCAUCACCUUCCACCUUCGUGUUCCUGAGGAUGGCCAGGGACAGCCCAGCCUUACGAGCUUUGAUCAAGCGAAAGACAAUGCUCAUCCAUCCUGGGAAAAAGGCACACUGGCUCAAUGUCACGAGAAGCCAGCAGAAUUCACCAUAACACCGAGCACAGGGACCAUCCCUUCCCAGGGAUCCCAAGAGAUCAGGGUCACACUGUGUUCCAAUGACGUGGGACGAUACGACUGUGAUAUGGUGGUGGAUGUGGAUGGUUUUGGCAAGGAGGUGUUGGCUCUGCGCCUCAAAGCCAGAUGUGUCGUUCCUGAGCUGCGUUUGCUCUCCUCCACCCUCGACUGUGGACCGUGCUCUGCAAAGGUCCCUUGCCAGAAGACGCUGACCCUUGUGAACCCGAGCCCCCUUCCAGGAUGCUACAGAGUUCUCCCUCAGAGACAUCAAGAGGCUGCUGCUCUGUGGUACUCCAGCCCCAAGCCGUGUGGGAUUAUCCAGGGUCACGACGUGGUGGAGAUCCCCAUCACAGUUGAAGCCCAGGCAGUGGGUGCUCAUUCCAUCCAGGUGGAUAUCGCCAUGUUCGGGAAGGAGCGAUCCCCACUGCAAAUGCAUUUAAUGUGCACCGGAAAGACGCCGCUUGUCUACGCAAGUGUGAAUAAUAUAAACUUCGGCAAGAUCCAAGUGAUACAGGACACUUCCCAAACUCUCCAGCUGUGCAAUCUGGGUCUCAUCCCUGCAGCCUUCAGAGCAGAGAUCGGUGGCAAAUGCUGGAGUAUUGAACCCAGGGAAGGAGUGGUCCCUGCCAAGGCUGAGGUUUCUGUGGUUGUCACGGCAAACCUGGAUGACACAGGGAGAUUUGAGGAAAGCAUGAAGCUGUUUGUUGAGAACAGCCUUACCAGCAUCAUCCCCAUCCAGGCUGUGGGCAUUGGCACCACAAUUACCAUUGACAAACCGUUUGCUCCAGAGCUGAAUUUGGAACCCCAGUUCAACCUCGUUCCCUGCAUUUUCCGGUUCAACGUGACAAACAAGGGGCAGCAGUUCCAGCGGCUGUACUGGGGCACAGAAGGUUUCAGCACCUUUCGACAGCGUCAUCCUCUCCCUGCCUUCAGUGUCACCAAGGGCAGAAAUGCUUCCCAGAGACCCACUCCCCCCGUAUUUAAGCUGCAGCCACGGGGGAUGUAUCUGCAACCAGGCGAGACUAUGGAGCUGGUGCUGGAAGGCUUCUCCAGCACUGUCCAGGAGGUGGAGGAGAAGCUGGUAUGUGAGGCAGCCGUGGGGCCAGAGAUAACAAAGAAAGAGAUAAUCAAGACAAAGGUCACCUGCAAGUUCAUUUCUCCCAUGGUACAAAUAUCAUCCAGAGCAAUCACUUUCUGUGUGGAGAAGCACCCUGAUGAUGUCCUGACUCUUCAGUACAAGCCUCUGUCUUUAAAAAACAUCUGCUGCCUGCCAUUCCACCUUUUGCUGGACUUGGAGCAGCCGUUCCUAAUCUGUGAUGCAGACCAGCAGCCCCUCCCUGCAGAGGCCCAGCCUGUGAAGAUGGAGGCAGGGCAGGAACUUCAUCUCUCCAUCAGCUUUAACCCAGCUUAUGAAAAGGAUCUGAUCAGCUGGGUAGCAGAGAAGACUAUGAAGAUCCAGCUUGUGGAACAUCCUCAUGAGGAAGAGAUCGCCGUUCGGGGAGAGGUCUACUUCCCGAAUCUCCGUAUCCCGACCAAAGCACUGGACUUUGGUUGCAUUGUGACUGGCACAGAACAAGUGCGUUACCUGGAGAUGACCAACUGCAGCCCAAUUCCUGCCCACUACCACUGGUCAUUCCAGAUGGACAGCAAGGAGUACCCAACAGGGUUCAUGCCUUCCCCACCUACAUUCAAACCCCAACCACAAAUGGUCACGUUUGGCUGUGUUGAGUUUGGGCGUUAUUCAAGGAGGUACUUCAGGCCUGGAAGUGUGCAGGAGCCAGCCAAAGCCCCAGAAGCAGCGCAGGACUCUUCCCAUCAAUCAUCACCUUCAGCAAACUGCCUGGAAACAGAACAGGAUUCUUCCCAACAGACAUCACAUUUAGAGAACUGCGUGGAAACAGAACAGGAUUCUUUCGAAGAGUCAUCAGAUUCAGAGGACUCCCUGGAAACAGAGCAGGAUUCUUCCAAAGAGUCAUCAGAUUCAGAGGACUCCCUGGAAACAGAGGACAAUUCUCCUGAACAGUCACCAGAUCCAGAGAACUCCCUGGAAACAAAGCAGGACUCUUCCCAAAAGUCAUCAGAUUCAGAGGACUCCCUGGAAACAGAGCAGGAUUCUUCUGAAGAGUCAUCACAUUCAGAGGACUCCUCAGAAGCAAAGGUGCCACCAUACACUGCUGCAGAGCCUCGGAGCUCAGUGGAGACUAAGAGGUCUGAGCAGUCAGAGGAGGCAAAGGCCCCUGGCUUCAGAGCGGAGGAGGUUUUCGAUGUCCAGCCGGUGUCCGGUGUGCUGCAGCCGGGUAAGAGCCAGCAGGUGCCCGUCACCUUCUUUGGCCACACCAACAUCAUCGCCCAUGUCACGGCGCUGUGCCGGGUGGAGGGAGGCCCGACUUACGAGGUGGAGCUGAGGGGGGAGACUUCGGUCCUCACCUACCACCUGAGUGUCAAGGAGAUCGACUGUGGGCUGCAGCUCUUUAAUGAAGUCACCAAAGCAGAGGUCACCCUGCGGAACAACGGGAAGAUGGGAUUCACCUACAUGGUACAGAGCCCAAGCACUGGCACUACAGACAAGCCUCUGCCUGGUGUGCUCGUGGUCCUGCCCAGCACAGCUUCCAUUGAACCUGGCAAGGAGCAGGUGCUGAAGCUCUAUUACCUGCCAGGAAUGCCAGGAGUCUUCUGCAGGACAUUCCAGGUUCAAGUGGGUCACCUGAAACCGGCAGAAAUCUCCCUGAAAGGAGAGGCGGUCUUUGCCGGGAUCUGUCUGGACCUGCCCUGGAGCAUCAAAGGAAGUGAAAAAUACGAGAGACUAUUGAAACAGGCAAAAGAAAAGCUGAAAAAAGGCAAGCAGGGCAAGAAAGCAAGUGUUUGGAGGAAGGCUCGAAUCAGGAAGCGACACGCGAAGGGCCCUGGCAUUGUGGCAAACACUUGGCUGAGGAUGGAGAUGGAGCAGAUGCUGAUAAAGGAGGAUGCUCUGGAGCUGCAGCCAGUCCUCAUCUCCCGCCCCCCAGAGGACACUGUCUUUGACAAGCGUAUUCCUCAGAAGCUUGUCCAAGUUGAGCUGCCCGAGUACAUCCUGGACAUGGGCACUGUCGUUCAGGGUUACAGUAAAAGCUGCACUGUGAAGAUCACCAACACCUGGAGGUUCCCAGUGGCUGUCCAGGCCAAUGAACGUGCCCUGCGUGACACAGGUUUCAGCAUAUACCUGGAGCCCGUGGAGUUCCUGAUCUACGGCGCCACCAAACCGUUUCAAGUGAGCUUUGCAAGUGCCAACCUGCCCGUGGGAAAGGUGGAUGUGCUCCUGCCCAUCAAGGUAAAGAAAGGCCCCACACUGCACAUCCGCCUCUGUGCCACUGUCAUUCAGCUGCUGCUCAGCCUCUCCAGGAACAGAAUCCAGUUCCCCGAUGUCCAGGUUGGGCAGUGCUGGAGUGAAACAAUCCGGCUUUACAACCAGUUCAGCGUGCCCUGUGAAUGGUUCCUCACUGUCAACAAACCUGCCAAGAAGGUGGACAAACAUUUGACACCGGCCGUGCGUCAGAAGGAGCUCCAGGCUGUGAAGGAUGAUUCCCAUGUCUUUCAGUGGAAGACCCAGGAGGGAACCCUUUAUGGUAGAGAGUGGUGUGACCUGGAGAUCCAGUUUUCACCCCUGGAAGAGAAGUUCUACAAAACCGAGCUGAAGAUCAACGUUCGUGGGAACAGCCAGCUCCUUGUGCUGCACAUCUCAGGACAGGGUCUGGAGCCACGGUUGGAGUUCAGCCCCACAGAGAUCAAGCUGGGAGCAGUGCUGCCAUGCAGCCCUGAGCUGGAGAGGACAGUGGUGGUGAAGAACCCCUGCAAGUUCCCCAUUGAAUUUUACUCACUGGAGUUUGAUGAGGAGUACCGUGAGGAGGAGAAGAUCCUGCGGACACUGGAGGAGUUUGAAGACCGGACGGCCGUGGUGAUGCCUCCACGUGCUGUGGGUGAGAAGCUGCCCCCAGAGGUGCUGGAAUAUUAUGAAAAAUGGAAGAAGAUGGAGGCUUCAGGUCAAGAGAUUAUGUCCAAGCUCAAGGAAGAAUCAGGCCAGGACAAUGCAGUGCUUCAAGAGAGCAUCAGGUUGUUGAAGAACAUGGUGGACGACUGUGACAGGCCCAUCUAUCAGGCCAUCAGGCGCUACCUCAACACUGAUCUCGUUGUAGAAGAGCUCAAAGCCCAAAUGCCCAGAGGGAUUGCCAUCAUCGUCUAUGGGACACCCCAGACAGGAAAGACAAGGGUAGCGGCCGCCCUGUCCAAGUAUUACGGUGCCGCCUGCUUGUCCCUGGACGAGGUGGUGACAAAAGCCAUGUCGGACGAGCGCAGCUCGGCGGGGCGCCGGGCCCGGGAGCUGUGCGUCGAGGCUGCCCGUCAGCGAAGAGCCAUGAGGGAACAGAUGCUGGGUAAAAAGGGUGCUCAGGCCAAGAAAACUGAGCCCAGCCCUGGGGACAAAGCCAACCAGAAGACCCUCAGUGCCGGACCCCAGAGCGCUUCAGCAACCACGGAUAAGGCAUCUGACAAACCCCUGGCAAGAUUUUCAGUGACCUCCAAGAUGGCAGCCGUUUCCUGCGCCACUGCUCCUGCGCCACAGCGACUGACCAUCCUCACCAGGAGGGGGAGAAAGGAGAAAAAGAGGAAGUGUUGCAGCCGUGUGCUGCCCGAGGAAUUGCUGGUGGAAAUCAUCUCUGAACGGCUGCAGCUGAGUGACUGCUACAAGGGAGUAGUGUUUGAUGGCCUGGAGACCCUCUUUGCGAGCAGCCUGGCAUCUUCUCUCCUGUGUGUGCUCAAAGCUGUCAGCAAUCGCCCUCAUAUCCACGCUGUGAACAUCUUCCAGGAUUCUGAGUUUUGGAAAGGCAGGCGGAUAGCUGCAAGAGAGAGGAGGGCAGCUAAAAAACAUCAAAAAGCACGGGAGAAGGAAGAAGCUGCCCAAAGAGAGGAAGAACGUCUCUGGGAUGUGGAUGUGGAUGUGGAUGAGUACGAAGCCCUCCCUGAGAAGCAGAAAGCUCUGCUUGAUUACAAAAUAGAACAAAUCAAGCGUGAGCGGAAGGAGAGAAGGGAGCUGGAGUGGCUGGCUCGAGAGCAUGAGGAAAGCAAAAAGAUGUUGUCACGAGACUCAAAGAAGCAAGAUAAGCUGCAGAAGAAGAAGAAUGGCUGCUUGGUGAACUUUAAGCUACCCGCAAAAGAGCAGCAGCAGGAAACCAAAAGCCCAGAGGUCCGGAUAAAGAGCAAAACAACAGUAGCAAAACAACAGCAGCAAGAAACCAAAAUCCCAGAGGUCCCGAGUAAGCAUGAGAGGAUCUUGGACCUGAGGUUUAACAUCUAUGAGUCUUCGCAGAACAGGAUCAGACAUAUUCUGUCAUCCUGGGACAGGGUUCAGUGUAUCAUAAACCAAGUGCCAGACAAGUCCCAGUCUUCCCCUAAACACAAAGACGAGAAGUCGAGCAGUAGGUCUCCAGAGAAGCCAGAGAAGAAGCCUUUAGAAAAACAUGGCAGCCACAAGAGUCUUCAGCGGGAUGGGGAAGUUGCAGAAGGCUCAGUUGGAAGCCAGGAUGCCGGAGUGCCGUGCUUGGACUUCCACAUCACGCAUCGUGAAAAGGUGUUUAGGAGGAUCCUGAAGAGCAAGAAGCUGCCACCAGCAAAGCAGAUCCUACACUCUCUGGGACUGGGACCUCCCAUUCCCCCUGGCUGUCUUUUCUCCGUGGUCCCCUACCCAGAGGAGGACAGAGUCCCCACAGCAGCACAAGACCUCAGACACUUCAUCCUUGUUGAACCUGAAGGUGCUGCUGCAGAAGAUGAUGUGGCCCCAGAGGCAGAGGCACAGGACCACUUGAAGGAGGGGAAAGCCACGAGCAGACACAAGUCUAACAAGGAAAAGCAAAACACCCCCCAGAGCCCAAAAAGUCUCCAUGAUCACUCCCCAGAAACACCCAGAAGUUUACCUGAGUCAAAGAAAAGCCAACUGCAGAGUGACUCAACCCUCGAGAGACCUGCCAGGUUGAGAAGGUUCCGGUGGAUUGUUCCUGCCCACGCUGAGGUGGAACUGAAGAUCCGCUUCAGCACCAUAGUACCAGGGCAGUUUGACCAGAUGAUGAACUUUGAGAUCCUGGGGUCAAAGUGCCUGUACCAGUUGCCCUGCAGUGCCACUGCCCUGUACCCCAGCAUCAGCCAGAACCCACGGCUGGUGUUUCCUCACUGGAGGAAGAGCAAGGAGAAGGAGGACAUCAUCUUCAAGGAGUAUGUCAUGAGCACAAAGCAGUUCCACUUUGGACCACUGCUUUGUGGGAAGUCAAGAGAGUGGUACAAGGCACAGAACUGCCCCGGCAACAGCGAAAAGUUAACCAUCCUCAACGACUCCCCCAUGGAGGCAGAGGUGCAUUUCUCCUUUGAGAACGACAGCAAAGGAGAGACGUUCCUUUUGGACCCUCCCGGCAUGAGGCUGCAGCCCAAAGAGAAGAAGAAGCUGAGUGUUUGGGCGUACCCAACUUCCGCUGGCCUCCUGGAAGACAGUCUCGUCUGCUGCAUCAGGGACAACCCGGAGCCAGUGGUCUUCCGACUCUGCUGCCAAGGGGUGCACGUGAAGCUGGGGGUCAGCCCCCAGGAGCUGCGUUUCAACAAGCUGCUUCUGCACAGGCCUGACACCCAGACCCUGGUCCUGAGAAACGACAGCCCACUGCCCAUGGCAUGGCAUCUCAGUGGGCUGGACGACCUUGGAGAUGACUUCUCUGUGUCACAAGGCAGCGGCAUCGUUGGGCCCCGCACAGACUUUGAAGUGAAGCUGGAUUUCAAGGCCGAGAAGAUUGGUAUCACGAAUAAGAUGAUCCGACUGGAGGUUUCAGAUACAGAAAACAUCCUGGGCAUUGUUCACGCUGAAACCAUCAAAGUCUCUGUGGAGGUCUACGAUGUUAAUCUGAGCAUCGACAUGCCUGAAGGUCCAGAUGGCAGCUUGGAAUUUGGAACCAUUAAUGUCCUGGAUAAUAAGAAGCAAGUCCUGAGUAUGAAGAACAAAGGCGUAUAUGACAUUGAGUACAGUUUCAAGCUGACCACUGGAAGUUCCAAGAGGGGUGACUUGGAAUCUCCCUUCACUGUGCAGCCACAGAGGGCUGUGCUGAAAGCCUCACGGCCACCUGUGAAAGUUGAGGUCCUCUUCCACCCCAUGACUGAAGUGUUUCUCAAGAGCAAACCCAUCCUACUCUGCCAGGUCAUUGAUCUCAAAUCGGGUCAAGGAGGCGAGACCGUUGCCACCAUCCCAGUGAGGGUGUCGGCGAGAGCUGUGUACAGCAAGUACAGCAUCGAGCCUGCCUCGCCCAUCAACUUUGGUGCCAUGAUUAAGGGCACCAAGAAGAGCCAGGUCUUAAUUGUGGAGAACAAAGGCGCCCUCAACUUCAAAUUCCUCAUCCACCAAGCACCUCCACUGCAAAGUUCACAGCAAGAGGAAUCUGCCCCCUCGGUCAGGGAAAGAAAACGCUCAAUGCAGGUUCAGCUCACUGUAGGCGUGUUCACGGUGUCCCCUUGCUCCGGCUCUGUCGGUCCUUGGGGCCAGCAGAAGAUCACAGUGGAUUGCAACGCAGGAGCAGAGGGGAAAUGUGAGGAGCAGCUGUACAUUGACAUCAGCAACAGAGACCCCAAGGACAAUCCCCUCGGCAUUCCCUUUACCCUGACUGCCGAGUCCUGCUUCCCAGCACUUGUUGAAGAUGUCACGUCCAUCUUUGAGCAGUACCCGAUCCACAACAACGUCAAUCUCCGCCAGACGUUACAGUCGGUGCAAGGCAAUGGUGUGUUCAUCAGAGAUGAUAACAAAUUCAUCUUCACCAAAGUUCAGGUUGGGCAACGGGUCACAGCUCGCUUCAAGAUCUCUAAUGGCAACAGUGUCCCAUGUGACGUGGUCCUCUCCAUCAAAGCCAUGCCUGGAGAGCCUCACAGCCUCAUCAGCAACAUCUUCAAGCUGGAUCCUGUCGAGAUGAGCAUUCCUGGCUUAUCCCAUGCCUUUGCUACAGUGACCUUCACUCCAGAACAAAAGGAGGACUACCACUGCACUUUCACAGCUUCCCUUGUUAGCCCAAAAAGCAGCUCUAUGAAGAUGAAACCCCAACAGCUGACCUUCACUGUCAGUGGAGAGGGGCACGUGCCUGAGGUGACAGUCGAGCGCCCGGGCCUUCGGAGCAAGAGGGGAAACCCUGUGCUGUGCUUCAGGAGGCUCCUGCUGGGGGAUUCACAGACACUCCCCCUAGUCCUUCGUAACAAUGGCAUCAUACCCACCCAGUUUACAGUUCAUGUCAUGGAUGACAAGGGAGUUUUCUUUAUGAAAGGCAGGCAGUCCGCAUUCCACGCCUUCCACAUUGCAGACAUGGAAAAGGACUCCACUGGAAAAGCCAAGAAGCAUCCCAAGAAGCCUUACCUGCUCCUGGAACGUGGGCAAUCAGCAGAGUUUGACGUGUUUUUCAAACCCACCCUGGCCCAACGUCUGGAAGGGAAGAUCCAUGUGCCAGUGUCAGGCAACAGUGAGAUCAACAUAGAGCUGGUGGGUGAAGGCCACAAUGAUGACUUCACCCUUGAUAACCUCCCUGGACUAGCAGAAGACAGCAAGGAGAGCAAUGCUAAGGGCAAUCUGGAGGACGACAUCAUUGAGGCUGUCAGAGCGAAUCACAUAGAGUUUGGGGAGUGUGCAGUCAGGAGGCUCUGCAACAAGACUUUCACAGUCACCAACCGCAGCAAGGAGGAGGUGAUGCGGUUUGAGUGGCUGGCAGACACCCCAUUCCAGUUCUCCCCCAAGGUGGGACACCUCCAGCCUGGCUGUGCCAAGGAUAUCAGAGUGACCUUGAAAUCCAAUGUCCCAGUCACCUUCAGAAGGCACUCUGUGAAGUGUAAGGUGGCCAAGAUCAAAUACCAGCUGCCACCAGAGGAGGUUUAUGACUGGGACAACGAAAUGUGCACUGAGAAGUGGGAGGAUACCACUGAGAGAGUCCCAGGAGCCCACUGGCCUUUGAAGCAGAAGGUGGUCAAGGCAGUCCCGGAACCACCUCACACCGUCCUGGAGAAGAGCAGCCACGAGGUCGAGCUUGUCCUCAGUGCUCAGGUUGACUACGCCAAGUUCAAACUGGACACGGUUGAGGUUCAACUGAAGCAGACUGAGCUCUUCCAAACAGAGAUAAGCACUUUCCAGAUGUCCAAUACAGGGAAUGUAGCCCUGAAAUACUGCUGGGAGGGGAAUCUGGAGGAGGAAAUACCAUCAAAGAGUUCUGGGAAGCCAUUCUUGUCCACUCUGACGCGUUAUUUCUUGUCCUCUGCUGCUGUGGAUCGCUGGGACGGGCAUCGUACAAGGCAGGUGCACGAGGCAUCACCACUCAAGUCAACUCAGCCCCAGUCAGCUCAGCCCCAGUCAACUCAGCCCCAGUCAACUCAGCCCCAGUCAACUCAGCCCCAGCCAAGUCUGCGCCUUUCAAAGCAGCUGUGCUGCUCUUUGAAGGGCCUUAGUUCCUCCCUGGAAUUGUCUCCAGAUGAUGUCAAUGACCCACCACUGUUCUCCAUCGAGCCCCACUGCGGUACCAUCCCUGCUGGCCAGAAUCAGAUUUUCCAUGUGAAAUUCUGCCCGACGCAUGUGGGGAAAUUUAAGGCCGAAAUGCUGUGCAGACUUCCUAACCUGAAGCCAUCUCAGAAGAGCCCACGGGUGUUUGUGAUGGGGAAAGGCUGUUUGCCGAAGGCUGAUCUGAAAAGCUCUACGUCACCGCAAAAAGGUAAAACCCAGAGCAGCAAACCCAAGAAGAAGGUGCAGCAGUCACCAAAACUAGAGUGACACCAUUUGUGUCAUGGCUUCUCCUGCUCAUGGUUUCCCAGCCUUCACCAGAGACCUCCCCAGCUACUCUUCAAGCCCCGACACCCAUCUCUACCUCAUCUGUGUACUACCUAAUAAACUGUGUCUCAACCCAC